AUGGCUGCCCGCAUAAGAUGGAGUCUUCAACGGUUGAUUCAGUCACGAAAUACAUCACAUUUUAGGUUUGAGUUUCUACUAACAUAACAUUUCUCAUUGGGUAUAUCAACGUAAUGAAGGUAUUGCUGUGAAUUCACCACGAUUGGCUGUCAAUUUUCUUUAGGAAUCGAAGGUUGACCUAGCUAGUUAGCCAAGCUAACUGCGACAUCAUUGUCAAACCUACUGUAGUGUAGCCUAAUCGCAUCAUGUUGCGCAGCAGAUAUUUCCCAAAUUGUAUACAUAUUAAAGUCUACAAUCACGAUCGGCCAUGAAGUAAAGCAUUUUAUAACAAAAACUCAGUUUGCCUGGCUCUUGUUGUGCUUGCUAAACCUGUCAUCAACAACUCGAUUGCGUAAAGUUUGCAGUAGCUAGCUAACUUUCUGAGAAUCUAGCUAGCUAAAAUCUUUCUCAGUUUUGCAGUUUGGUCAUUGAGGCAUCACCAAGCCUAAUCAGUGUCAUUAAACAACCAUCGGUAGCUAGCUAGAUGCUUUAUCGUUUUUUCUUUGCUUGUUGACAAGGUCGCAAGUUCAUGUCGUUAAGGCCAUCCCGAAGUGACAUGUUUGUAAGGACAAACCUGCGAUAAACCCACUCUGUUGAAUUAAUGUCGGACCAUCUAACUACAUGACUUGACAUGUACUGUCUGUUCUAGGUUUCCAAUCAAGACGAGAAACCAGUUCCACACACAAUGCAUUGGCCCGAACUACAGAAAAGUUCAACUUCUGCCUCGGACUGGACCCACACAGUUCGUAGGUGAGAAACUGGCCUAAAAAAACAACAACCUCAUUCACAUUUACUUACUCCAUAAGAACCACUUUCAACAACCACAUUCAAAGGCUACGGUUGUCAUGUUUUUCUGUAGUAUAUUCAGAGUAGGCCUAUAAACUUACUAGUGGAACGAUAUGCUCGAAAGAUGACCAUACCAUUAUGUUUCAGUGCGACACUUGUCCAUUCAGACACAGGACACUCCAAACCCACGGAGCUUGAAGUUCCUCCCUGGUAAGCCUGUGUUGGGGGUGGGGACCCUGGAUUUCCCCUCUCCAAGCUCUGCAGAGUGCUCCUCCUUAGCCAGGUUAGUACUGUUGGAUAAAAGGGGAAUUGUAUUUUUAUGAGCUAUUGAAAUAUGACAGUAGCAAGAAUCUAAACAAUGAGCAGUAACCAUGACGAAACCAGACAGUGUGAAUAAGCUAGAUUUUAAAACAUUAGCUUGUUUGAUUUUCAGAGCGUGUGAGAACCAGUGACGCUUGUACAUGAACUGCUGUACAAUAACUUGAGCUGAAGAUAAUCAUGUGUAUUCUAGGCAGGGUUGGGGUCAAUUCCAAUUUAAUUUGACAUUUCAAUUCAAAUCUUGAAUUAACUCAUGAAGUGGAGAAUUUACAUUGAAUUCAAUUCAAAUUUCAACAAUCUUCAAGUUAUGGAAUUGGAAUUGAAUUAGACUGUUUGGACUGUUUGAAUUGGAAUUGAAUUGAACAUUUCCCAGUUAAUGUAAUUAAUGCACUUAGUAUAUAAAAUAGGACUGCAGGAUUUGUUUUAAAUCAUUUCAACUUGUAUUUCUAUAUUUCCAGUAUAAUUAGGCUGUCUUAACAGUGACAUGGUCAGCCUGAAAGCCUAAGGGAAUUUAAUUCAAAUAGGAAUUUGUGGAAUUGUUGCGUAUUGAAUUGGGAAUUGAAUUCUUUGAAUUUACCUAACAUUGGAAUUGAGAGGAAUUGAAUUAUCUCGGAAUUCAAAGACUGACCGGGAAUUUGAAUGAAAAUAAAUGGAAUUUACAAGGGAGAGGGAAUUAAAUGAAAUUUGAGGAAUUAAGCCCAUUUCUGAAUGUAUUUCUUAGUUGUUAUGGUUUACUGUACUGAUUAGCCUAAGUUACAGUUCUUUGCGUGCCUCAAGUCAAAAUCAAUAGCAAAGUGCAAUGAGCCUCUCCACCUUGUUCUGAGCACACCAUGAGGAUUAUAGGUCAUAGAUAUUACUGUACAUACUAACAUCAUGAAAUGUUUAUGACAUGGAACACUCUUGGUUGCUGCUCCAUGGUUUCACAGGGACCUCUUUGGAAUCGAAGGAGUGAAAAGUGUGUUCUAUGGUCCUGACUUCAUCACGGUGACCAAGGUACCCAAUAAAGAAACUUUAAAGUUUAAACCCUCAUCUACCUUCCAUUUCCUUUUACCAACCCUAUCCAUUUGCUCUGGGAUAUGGUGUGCCAUCAUAAGACCAUAAUGACUGUGUCACAAAUAAAAGUUAUGAAAACUUUCUGAUUCAAUACAUGGGCUACAUUCCAAUUCUCAACCCUUCUCCCAAAGUGUGCACUUGCACACUCCUUGUCAUGGAUUUAAAAGCAUAGGAUUAGUAUAAGCAUUGGCAGGAGGGAGUUUUCACCAUUGCUAAAUCCAUGCAAGAAAGUGUGCAAGUGCACAUUUUGGGAGAGGGGUGGGGAAUCGGGGCCCAGCCAUAUUAAUUUACCAGGCCUUUGCAUUUUUUGUGUUGCCCUUGCCAGGCAGAUGAUGAUGUGGAGUGGACGGACAUCAAGCACCAUGCCAUGGAUGCCAUCACUAAGUUCUUUGACAGUGGAGACCCCAUAACCACGGGGGUGACCCACCAUGAGAGCAGUGAGUAUGACAGGAACAACACUCUUCUUCAUAUGAGUGUUUGAGGGUAGAGUGCUGCAGUGGUCCGUUUUUUGGAGUCGCACCCGCCCCGCGCCAGUCCCACCCAAUAUCCAACAUCAUAAAAUAUUUUUCUCCGCCACCUGCAUUGAAUUAUUCCGAGAGCCGAUCCGUGACCCACCAAAAAACAUCAAUUUAUUGAAUAGUUUUUAUGACUAGAGUAGUAGGCUUUAAGGCUAUUACCCUCCCUGCGUGAAUUCAUUUGUCUGCAUGUCUAUUCAACAUUUGGAUAAAAGGGAACCAUGCCAUGAAUUAAGAACGAUAGGCCUAUCUUCUCAUUUUCACUAUGCGAAGCAGCACAUUGACAACUCAAAUCGCGUAAAAAAAAAGAGCCUUCUAAUUAGCCUCCUUACCUAAUGGAAGCCUAUAGCCGACAUAACAAAACAAUUCCUUAACAUUCAAUAUUGUUUAAAUCAUCAAAUACUUUAAUUAAAACUUAAACAAUUCCCAGAAUUGAGUAGGCUAUAGGCUGCAAAAAUAUGUUUAUUUAGUAGGCUAUUGGCUACUCAAACUUUUAAAAGCUGCACUGGAUUAAACUUGAUAUGGCCUGCGUUUGGUCUAAAUCAACGGAUGCCUGAAUGAAUGUAAUGAUUAACAUAAUUAUUGUAAACAAAUACAUUUACGUCAAAUACCUGCUUGCACUUUUGCAGGCUGUGUAUCCAUCUACCGUGUUGUUGUCGUCCUUGUCCACGAUGACUACAAAAUCCUUCCAAACCGUGGAUUUCACUCUCGCAGCACCUGUUUCCACAAUGGUGUAUUUCAUCAUCAUAAACGUUCUUAUUAUUUCUCCUGUUAGGUUAGCCAUUUUCACGUGAGCUAGGAGUCAGGGAAAAUUAACUUGGCAACGUAUUGUCGUGUGGCGGAAGGGAAUAUAAAAUCUGCACAUGGACAAAUUAUGUUUCAGCACCACACAAAUAGGCUACUAAUGGACAGUUCUCUGCCCCACUGUCUCGCUGCGUGGCUGGUAGCCUUCGCUAUGUCUGCCUCACUUUUCACAUAGCCCAAUUGAAUUCACAACACAAUUCAACACAAUAAGCUCCUGGGUUUGUAAAAAAAGAUAGUAUCUUGAUUUCAAAUGUUUCCGACCCGCAAUAUAAUUGUUCUGAACCGCGAGGCGACCCGCGGGUUGAUAGAAUGUUUUCAUUCCACCCGCCAGCUGAUUUUUUUUGCGGGUAACCGUGGGUAUUCAAUCCGAUGCAGGACUCUAUUUGAGGGUCAAUCUGUACUGUAUUGUCAUCUUGAUAAACCAUGUACAUAUCAUUAAAAUAUGUUUGUUUUUUGGAAUGAUGAACAUGGCCUAAUAAGGUUGUCAUGGUGUUCCUGUUUUAGGUCACUCUGAAGAUGAUGAUGAAAUUGUUUCAAUGAUAAAGGAGCUUUUAGAUACACGUAUCAGGUAAAAUCCCCACAUACUAUUAGUAUGAUGAAUGUGUCACUCUCAUGAUGUUUUGCUGUAGAUACAGUGGGGGAAAAAACUAUUUAGUCAGCCACCAAUUGUGCAAGUUCUCCCACUUAAAAAGAUGAGAGAGGCCUGUAAUUUUCAUCAUAGGUACACGUCAACUAUGACAGACAAAAUGAGAAAAAAAAAACCCAGAAAAUCACAUUGUAGGAUUUUUAAUGAAUUUAUUUGCAAAUUAUGGUGGAAAAUAAGUAUUUGGUCAAUAACAAAAGUUUCUCAAUACUUUGUUAUAUACCCUUUGUUGGCAAUGACACAGGUCAAACGUUUUCUGUAAGUCUUCACAAGGUUUUCACACACUGUUGCUGGUAUUUUGGCCCAUUCCUCCAUGCAGAUCUCCUCUAGAGCAGUGAUGUUUUGGGGCUGUCGCUGGGCAAUACGGACUUUCAACUCCCUCCAAAGAUUUUCUAUGGGGUUGAGAUCUGGAGACUGGCUAGGCCACUCCAGGACCUUGAAAUGCUUCUUACGAAGCCACUCCUUCGUUGCCCGGGCGGUGUGUUUGGGAUCAUUGUCAUGCUGAAAGACCCAGCCACGUUUCAUCUUCAAUGCCCUUGCUGAUGGAAGGAGGUUUUCACUCAAAAUCUCACGAUACAUGGCCCCAUUCAUUCUUUCCUUUACACGGAUCAGUCGUCCUGGUCCCUUUGCAGAAAAACAGCCCCAAAGCAUGAUGUUUCCACCCCCAUGCUUCACAGUAGGUAUGGUGUUCUUUGGAUGCAACUCAGCAUUCUUUGUCCUCCAAACACGACGAGUUGAGUUUUUACCAAAAAGUUAUAUUUUGGUUUCAUCUGACCAUAUGACAUUCUCCCAAUCCUCUUCUGGAUCAUCCAAAUGCACUCUAGCAAACUUCAGACGGGCCUGGACAUGUACUGGCUUAAGCAGGGGGACACGUCUGGCACUGCAGGAUUUGAGUCCCUGGCGGCGUAGUGUGUUACUGAUGGUAGGCUUUGUUACUUUGGUCCCAGCUCUCUGCAGGUCAUUCACUAGGUCCCCCUGUGUGGUUCUGGGAUUUUUGCUCACCGUUCUUGUGAUCAUUUUGACCCCACAGGGUGAGAUCUUGCGUGGAGCCCCAGAUCGAGGGACAUUAUCAGUGGUGUUGUAUGUCUUCCAUUUCCUAAUAAUUGCUCCCACAGUUGAUUUCUUCACACCAAGCUGCUUACCUAUUGCAGAUUCAGUCUUCCCAGCCUGGUGCAGGUCUACAAUUUUGUUUCUGGUGUCCUUUGACAGCUCUUUGGUCUUGGCCAUAGUGGAGUUUGGAGUGUGACUGUUUGAGGUUGUGGACAGGUGUCUUUUAUAUUGAUAACUAGUUCAAACAGGUGCCAUUAAUACAGGUAACGAGUGGAGGACAGAGGAGCCUCUUAAAGAAGAAGUUACAGGUCUGUGAGAGCCAGAAAUCUUGCUUGUUUGUAGGUGACCAAAUACUUACUUUUCAAAUAAAUAUAUUAGCAAAUAAAUUCAUUAAAAAUCCUACAAUGUGGUUUUCUGGAUUUUUUUUCCUCAAUUUGUCUGUCAUAGUUGAUGUGUACCUAUGAUGAAAAUUACAGGCCUCUCUCAUCUUUUUAAGUGGAAGAACUUGCACAAUUGGUGGCUGACUAAAUACUUUUUUUCUCCACUGUACAUGGAUCAGGUAAAAAUCCCCACAUUCUCUCAGUAUGAUGAGUGUGUUACACUGACAACAUUUUGUCAAUCUAGUACAGUGUUUCCCAACUCCAGUACCCACAACAGCACACAUUGUUGUUGUAGCCUGACACUCACCUGAUUCAACUCACUGAGGGGAUUCGAUUCAUCUGGCCCGGGCGACCGGGUAGGCGUGUUUUGCACCGGGUGAAAGUUGAUUGCAUUUGUUUUGGAACCGGGCUGCCUCCAGGUGCAGCGUUCAAAGCCCUCGGCGAAGUCGGUUCAAAACAAAAGUUACAGUGCAUUCGGCAAGAAUUCAGACCCCUUGACUUUUUCCAUAUUAUGUUACGUUACAGCCUUAAACAUUUAUUUAAUCCAUUUAAAAUAAGGCUGUAACGUAACAAAAUAUGAAAAGUCAAGGGGUCUGAAUACUUUCCUAAUGCACUGUAAGUCAUUAAGCACGUGGAGUAAUGAGUAGGCUUCUGUGUUUUCACAUGCAAAAGUGAUUGCUUUUGAUAAAAACACUAUCUGUCUUCCCAAUGAAAACCAGAAAAUUCAAACAUACAGUGCCUUCAGAAAGUAUUCAGACCCUUUGACUUUUUCCACAUUUUGUUAGGUUACAGCCUUAUUCUAAAAUGUAUUAAAUCGUUUUUCCCCCUCAUCAAUCUACACACAAUACCCCAUAAUGACAAAGCAAAAACGGGUUGUUUUUUAAAAACUGAAAUAUAAGUAUUCAGACCCUUUACUUUGUUGAAGCACCUUUGCCAGCGAUUACAGCCUGGAGUCUUCUUGGGUAUGACGCUACAAACUUGGCACACCUGUAUUUGGGGAGUUUCUCCCAUUCUUCUCUGCAGAUCCUCUCAAGCUCUGUCAGGUUGGAUGGGGAGCGUUGCUGUACAGCUAUUUUCAGAUCUCUCCAGAGAUGUUCGAUCGGGUUCAAGUCCGGGCUCUGGCUGGGCCACUCAAGGACAUUCAGAGACAGGUGAAGAGACAGGUGAACCUUCGCCCCAGUCUGAGGUCCUGAGAGCUCUGAAGCAGGUUUUCAUCAAGGAUCUCUCUGUACUUUGCUCUGUUCAUUUUUGCCUCGAUCCUGACUAGUCUCCCAGUCCCUGCAGCUGAAAAACAUCCCCACAGCAUGAUGCUGCCACUACCAUGCUUCACCGUAGGGAUGGUGCCAGGUUUCCUCCAGACGUGACGCUUGGUAUUCAGGCCAAAGAGUUCAAUCUUGGUUUUAUCAGACCAGAGGAUCUUGUUUCUCAUGGUCUGAGAGUCUUUAGAUGCCUUUUGGCAAACUCCAAGCGGGCUGUCAUGUACCUUUUACUGAGGAGUGGCUUCCGUUUUUGCUCUGACAUGCACUGUCAUCUGUGGGACAGGUGUGUGCCUUUCCAAAUCAUGUCCAAUCAAUUGAAUUUACCACAGGUGGACUCCAAGUUGUAGAAACAUCUCAAGGAUGAUCAAUGGAAACAGGAUGCACCUGAGCUCAAUUUCGAGUCUCAUAGCAAAGGGUCUGAAUACUUAUGUAAAUAAGGUAUUUCUGUUUAUUUUUAAUACAUUUGCAAACAUUUCUAAAAACGUUUUCCGCUUAGUCAUUAUGGGGUAUUGUUUAGAUUGAGAUUUAUUUAUUUAAUCCAUUUUAGAAUAAGGCUGUAACGUAACAAAAUGUGGAAAAAGUCAAGGGGUCUGAAUACUUUACGAAUGCACUGUAUGCAUCAAUCAACAAAUGUAUUGUUGACUCAAUGAAAUACUUAUUGCAAUUUCUACGUGUUUGUGUACCCCGUCUCUUCAGCAACAAAAUAAGGCUGUAACAUAACAAAAUGUGGAAAAAGUCAAGGGGUCUAAAUACUUUCCGAAAAUAGAUGUUGUAUGUUUCUGGACAGUGCACCAUGCUGCCUUGUUGACAACAUGACCGAGCGGUGCAGAUUACUGUUCCAUUUGAGCAGGGCGCCCCUCCCUCACCACUUUUCCUCACGUCAUCGGCCGUAGACCGGUGCACCGCGGCUCAGUAUAAUCGAAUCCGCCAUUUGAGGGCUUGAUGAUUAGCUGACAAGUAGAAUCCGGUGUGCUUGUCCAGGGCUACAACAAAAAUGUGUACUGUUGGGGAUACUGGAGGACUGGAGUUGGAAAUCACUGAUCUAGUACAAUAUGACUCAUUUGUGAAAUCUGAGCCCUAGAGGCAUCCUUGGAAUGUUUUGUUGACAGUCUUGAUAAAUAUGUUUUGGCUCAGAAGCUCUUCAAGCAAAAUGCAAUCUGGCAGAUUGUUUGGGCACUGAAGUUGUUCCACAAACAAAUGAUAGAAGUGAUGUUGAUAUGAAAUAUAGACUAUCGUUAUCGUCAAGGAUUUCUCCCCUCCCCUCCCCUCCCCUCUCUUAAACUCCUCCCCUCCCCUCUCUUAAACACUUUGUCUUCUUCUUCCUCUCCUUCUCUCCCUCCUAGUUUUUAAUAGCAAUUGUAAUAAUACCUGUUAUAUUGUUGAAUAACAAACUAAACUGAUAAACCCUCCCGUCUCACACAGGCCCACGGUGAUGGAGGAUGGCGGUGAUAUCAUCUUUAAGGGCUUUGAGAAUGGCACGGUGAAGCUGAAGCUGGUUGGCUCAUGCACCGGCUGCCCCAGCUCCACUGUCACCCUGAAGAAUGGCAUCCAGAACAUGCUGCAGUUCUACAUCCCUGAGGUGGAUGACGUGGAACAGGUGAGAGGCAGAAAGGAGAGGAUGAAUGGAGAGAGAGCAGUAGAGAGAAGGAGUUAGAAGGGAAUGUAGAGAGAGAAGAGUAGAGAGAAGGAGUUAGAGGGGAAUGGAGAGAGAGAAGAGUGGAGAGAAGGAGUUAGAGGGGAAUGGAGAGCGAGGAGUAGAGAGAAGGAGUUAGAGGGAUGGAGAUAGAUGAAUAGUUGGAGAAAGGAGUUAGAGGGGAAGAGAGGAGGAGUAGAGAGAAGGAGUUAGAGGGGAUGGAGAGAGAGAGAGUAGAAAAUGGAAGAGAGAAGUAGAGAGAGGAGUUAGAGGGAAUGGAGAGGAGAAGAUGAGGAAAGGAGUUAGAGGGAAUGGAGAGAGAGAAAAGAGUAGAGAGAAGGAGUUAGAGGGGAUGGAGAGAAGAGAGAGUAGUGAGAAGAGUUAGAGGGGAUAGGAGGGAGUAGAGAAGGAGUUAGAGGGGAAUGGAGAGAGAGAAGAGUAGAGAGAAGGAGUUAGAGGGGAAUGGAGAGAGAGAAGAGUAGUGAGAAGGAGUUAGAGGGGAAUGGAGAGAGGAGAGUAGAGAGAAGGAGUUAGAGGGGGAAGGGGGAGAAGAGUAGAUGAGAAGAGGGGAGUAGAGAUUAAGGAGGCUUGGGGAGCGAGAGUGAGUAGAGGGGAUGAGGAGCAAGGAGUUAGAGGGGAAUGGAGAGAGAGAAGAGUAGAGAGAAGGAGUUAGAGGGGAAUGGAGAGAAGAGAGGGAGAAGGAGUUAGAGGGAUGGAGAGGAGGAGUAGGAGAAGGAGUUUAGUAGGGGAAUGUUGAGGGGAAUGGAGAGAGAGAGAGUGUAGAGGAGAGUUAGAGGGGGGAGUGAAGAGUAGCGAGAAGAGUAGAGAGAAGGAGUUGGAGAGAGAGAAGGAGUUAGAGGGGUUGGAGGAGGGGAGUAGAAGAAGGAGUUAGAGGGAGGGGAAUGGAGAGAGAGAAGGGUAGAGAGAAGGAGUUAGAGGGGAAUGGAGAGAGGAGAGUAGAGAGAAGGAGUUAGAGGGGAGUAGAGAGAAGGAGUUAGAGGGGAAUGGAGUGAGUACUAAAACAUGAAGUUGGAACAGCAUCUGCUUUGUUAUGUCAAAUCUAAGUUGAUUGGUCGCGUACACAGAUUAGCAGAUGUUAUAGCGGGCGCAGCGAAAUGCUUAUGUUACUAGCUCCUAACAAUGUAGUAAAAUGUCAAACAAGUACAAAAAGUACCUAAAAAAUCCUUAAAAAAUCAAGAAAUGUCAGAAGAAUCCAAUGAACAACCCAAAUAACACUAUAACAGGAAUCCAAAUUCAAUCUAUACGUAUCUACACCUGAUUAAUUUAUACAAUAUAUACUACGAAUAUGUACAGCAGUAGAGUGAGCUAUGUCAAGAAUCCAGUAUAUAAAUAAAUAUGCAGUAUGUAUAAACAAUGUCACCAAAAUGUGUAAGUUAUAGCUGUUCUUUUUGUUUGGUUUCUGUAGGUGGAAGAUGAAGUGGAUCAUGUGAAUGCAAAGGUUUUCACCGAGUUGGAACGCAAGUUAGGAGACAUAUAAAACUUCUGUCAGCCCCCAUGCCUAUAGAUAAACAGCCUCUUGUAUAGAUAGAUGCCUUGCAAACCAGGUAGAUACUGCUUCCACUACCCUAGUGCAAUAUUCAUGAUUUAAAAUAAUAUUCAGCAUUGCACUUUCAAAAGACCAACUGUAGUGUUCUGUAGGCUGUUGUUUCUGUCUGUCCUUUACUCAAAUACGGUAUAUGCACCUGUUACAAUGAAGCAAGGCUACACACUGACACUUAUACUGCAUCUCUUCCAUUAGGAAGGCUGAAAACUCUGAAGACGGCUGUCAUGUUAUAUAUUUGAUAUUUAUUUCUCUGCAGGUUGAUUUACAAAUUGAUUUACUUUACAUGUUUUCGAAAAGAAAUAGUAUUUUCUGAUGAGUUAAGGGAAAUGGUUUGUAUCUAUCCCUAGGCCAAGCAUGAUAAAUUGUUUAUAUGAAAUGAUCACAAGAUAUUGCACAGUUAAAACGACAAAAGGAUUUAGCUGUAUAUAUUUCUUUGUGAAUGCAUUGUUUAGGAAUCUACACAUAGUAAUCACAUUUCUGGCAUGGGCACAUGUUCAUUCAUAUUGAAUCUGUCGUGGACAGACUAC